GGGGGAUGCUGCGAGCCAGCGGCUCUGUUCGCAUCGGGGAUGCUUUGUGGCAUCUGCGCUCCGGAGGCAGGUAGUUGAAACUUCUUGCCAUUCGUUUCACAUUUUGUUCGGAAUGAUGGAUUUCCUUAUGCAGCUGUGGACGAGUGUGUAUGGGAGAAAUGUUAUUUCUAAGAGGAAUGAAUGGAAAUAACCCAUUUUGAGGAAGGCAUGGCAAAAUCAAAUAUAAAACACAGAGUUUGUUCUCGGGAAUCUUCGGUAUCUUCUUUGCUAGCAAGCUGCAGCCUGAGUGGUAGUCAUUCCUCUAACUCUGAUGGCUCUUUUCAGUACAAGGAUAAACUCUACAGUUCUGCAUCGCAGGCUCUGCAGGCCUAUAUUGAGGACUUUGAUCUAAGCCAGAUGUGUCCUGGUGCAACCACUGGAAAGAUGAACAUUUACAAAUGUCCUGCUAAUGUGCCAGAAUUCUCCAGCUACGUUUAUAAACCAAACAAUGCUUUUGAAAAUUUUGAUCACAGAAAGAGCUCCUUAUCUUCCAGAAGACGGACUACUAAUGACAUUGACUCCAUUAGCUUAACAACGGAUGAUCUAGUAAAACUUCCGGCAGAUGGGUCAUUUCCUUUCACUUGUGUUGGACCAGGUCACCGAAUUAGCAAGAAAACCAAGAAAGGCAUUGGAAGACUGAGUUCAUCGGACACUGAAAAGAACCAGAAUUUUCAAGAACCCUCCACUGCCAUGAGCAAGGAUAGCUUAGCAAACACACAUGUAAAUGGAAAGCAGUCUCGCAGGCUAAAAAACUUAAAACUUGUAAAUAAUACUAAUAAAUGCAUUUCUGGACCAUCUUUAUCUUUUUCCGAGAAAUCAUCUUUCAAGGACAGUUCAGAACACAAUGUUGAAAAGAAUUACCCAAGGUGGCUCACUGGCCAGAAAUCUGACCUUAAUGUUUCGGGGAUCACUAGCAUACCUGAUUUCAAAUACCCAGUCUGGCUCCACAGUCAGGACUUGCUACCUGACACAGAUAGCCACAGGAUUCAUAGAACAUUUAAAGAAGAGCAGUGUUCCCCAAGACAUAGUUAUCAGGCACAAAGAGCUUCUCGACUUACGAGUAAAUUAGAUUGCUUUGAAUAUUCUUUUGAACCCUCAGACAUUUCAAAUUUCUUGAGUGGUGAUAAAGGAGUAGGUAAUGAAUAUAAAUGUGAUUCUGAACAUAGUCAAUGUCAAUGUGAAAAUCCACUUCUUUCAGGACAAUCCGAAAAGCCAUUCAGUGGUGACAAAAUCGAAUUGCUUAUCCUGAAAGCCAAGAGAAAUCUAGAGCAUUGUACUGAAGAACUACCGAAGUCUAUCAAACAGGAUGACAGUCCUUGUUCAUUAGAUAAACUUGAAGCAGAAAGAUCAUGGGAAAAUAUUCCUGUUACUUUCAAAUCUCCUGUUCCUGUUAACUUGGAGGAGAGUCCUCAGCAGGCUUCAAGGGCCAAGCAUGAUAAAGGGUUCAUUGAAGACUUUUUAAAUGACGAUAAUCAGAGCUGUACCCUUUCUGGAGGGAAACACCAUGGCCCUGUGGAAGCCCUGAAACAAAUGUUGUUUAACCUUCAGGCUGUGCAAGAAAGUUUUAACCAGAACAAAAGCACAGAGCCAAAAGGAGAAAUUAAGCAAGUUUCAGAAGAUGAUUUCUCUAAAUUACAAUUGAAGGAAAGUAUGGUUCCUAUUACUAGGUCACUUCAAAAGGCUUUGCACCAUUUAUCUCGCCUGAGAGACCUGGUUGAUGAUACCAGUGGGAAACAGUCACCGAAAAUGUGAAGAGGAAAAUAAGAGUCUAACCAAUAAAUAGUCACCACGACACAAAAAUGUAUUUUUUUCCUAUUGCUAACUGGCAGAGUUAUUAUGAGCCAUACACUGUUCAGAUUGGUUCAAUUAUUAUAUAUUUAAAAAACAAACAAACUUGGAAAUGUCUAUGCUUUUGUGACCUAUCCUCAUUUUGUGCCGAAACACCAGAAUGUGAACUGGAAGGACCCUCGCGAUGUCCUGUGGUCGGCCUUUGGUCUCCAUGCCAGCACAUGUCUGACAUCCAAAGACGGGCGACUCCUGUUCUUGAAGCGCACAUGGACUUAACCUCUGCAGCAUCCUCGUCCGUUUAUCAUCUCUCUCUGGAUUAUUGAGAAACUCUUCCUGGUUUCUAGUUAAAAUCUCUGAAGCAGAAUAGACUUUUUGACACAAUUAGCAUCUGUUUUUAAGAAACUUAGAGGAAUAUAACAAUUGUGGUGUAUCUUAUCCAUAUGGAAGUAUGUUACUUUAAGCUUUAUAAAUCAAAUAUUUAAGAUAUGUUAUGUUUACAAAUAACUAAUAAUGGGGUUGUUCAGUGCUAAAAGGAAUAUUGUUAUAUGUUGUGAAAUCCAAGAGAACUUUAUUUAAUUAAUGCUUUGAUUUUGAUUCUCUGUUAGAUAAUCUUGACAAUAGUUGAGAGUUUACAAAACAUUAUUGGGGAGAUAUUUGAAAAUUUACUAUUUUGCUAUUAGAUUAUUGUUUAGAUUUUAAUUUUAGGGUCAAAUUAGUAAAAACUGUGAGAUCAGUGACCAGAUGCUUAAUGAAAUUUUAUGACUAAACUUAAAGAAAACAAGUAUGGGAAAUUAGAAAGCAAUACUCUAUUUCAAAGUUAUUUUGUAAGAACUGAACUUUCUCUAAGAUAAUCUGUAGUCUUUCAAGUUUCUCUCUACCUGGAAGUGAGCAGAGCUGUAUUCUUAAUGAGUAAAACUAAGAUUAAGUUAUAAUGUGUGACUAAUGAAGCAUAUUAAAAAGCCUGAUGAAAUGAAAGAAUAUCCAUCUAUGUAUACAAAUACUACAAAUUAACACUUGGCCCCAAUGGCAGCAUCUUGGCUAAGCAGCUUUAUUUCAAAUAGGAAUUUCUAAGUAUAUUAGGUUAGAGAAUUUGCUUUUGAUUUUCUCCAAAUUUAACGCACUACAUAAAACCUCUGUUUUAGAACUUACAUGUCAAAAACGUAGAGUGAACACCGCUUUUUCUUGGUCAGUGAGUCAGAGGCACCUCUCCAUGCUGGUCUUUCUGCCCAGUUUGAGAGUCCCUUGCCUCAAUGAGUUUGUUUUCUUUGCUCUGUGCUGUAUCUGCCAGUGACAUUCCAUUUUCUGAGUGUGGUCUUCUGCUUCACAGCUAAUAGUAGUUUGCUUUCAUCCAAACGAGGCGUUACUUUGAUGAUUAAAAAUGCGGCUCAGCUGUUGCAGAUUCUAAGCAGGUGAACAUCAGGUGGAUCUGGGUUGACCGUGCUCCAGGCUUGGUAAACCCACUGUUAGACAAAAUCUGAAGAAGACGGAGAAGAUAAAGAUAUCAUCGUAAACUUCUAAUUACACAGUAUAUGCUGAUCAGACAGAAUAUACACCACACUUAGACAGCAUCUACAAAGGGUUUAUGAUGCAAUUACUGAAUUGCACUAGUUCGGUUAGUGCUUCCAUUUGCAAGAACAUAUCUCCAAUACUAAGUAAGAUAAGCCUAUUCUAAAAUUUUAUGUUAUAACUAAUAUUUUAAGAAAUGAUUAUAUUUACCAAAAGAGCAUUUUCUGUUUGUUAAAUACGGAAGUCUAGUCUUUUACCUAAAAAGAAAAUAAACUUACCAAAAUGAUUAAUUCCAACCUUUAAAAAAUACUAGGACUGUCAAUGAAAAAAACAAAACAAUAAAUGUUCAAGAAACUAAUUAGUUUAUUCCAUGUUGAAUAUUUCCGUAUUUUUUAUUUCAAGAUUUCCUGGGGGAAAAGGAGACUACAGUGUUUAGAUGACUGAGUUAGGAGUUUAAAGCAGAUAGUGAGAACAAUUAGAUUUUUUAAAUUACAUUCCAAAUAUAAAAUUAUAUCUUUUUCUCUCCUUUAGCUAUAUUAAAAAAUGUGAAGACAUUAGCUUUUUAAAUUAAGUAUGAAAAAUAUUUAACUUGAUUCCAAAAGUUAUUUGAGAUCAAGGGGGAAAAGUGUUAUGCAUAUGUGAAGAUAAAACUCAACUAUUUUCUUUAUUAUAAGAAGUCUGCUUUUAGUUUUUUCUGUGAUAAUCAUUUGAGCUUCAUGGACAUUUCUGACCAAAUUGAGGAACUUUGUCUUUGGUUUGACUUAUGUUUUUAUAUGUCAUUUCUUGUUGAAAUGUAUAUAUGUAGUUAUUUUGGGUAUUUUAUAUUUAAUGUUUAUGAUAAUGUCUUGUUAAAUUACAUAGUUAUACCAAAAUGUUGCCUGAAGAUAAAUCAUGAGAAAAUUCUUUUUCCCUCACCUGCAUUUUGAAUACAUAUGCAAUCACUCAUAGGUUUGGAUUUUUUAUUCAUUUUCCUGUCACAGUUUUUAUUGUGUCUCAAAACCUGUUGGUGGCAGUGCCAUCAUGAAGAAGUGAAUUUGCCAAAAGGCAAUGAUCUGAAAGGAGACAAAAGUAAC